CCCAUCCGCCUUGCCCUCGCAAGGCACAACGCCCAGAUUUACGGCGUUGCUGACCGGAUCGAGUUCAUUCUCUCAGAUUACAUCUCGUUUGCCAACGCGUUCCUUCGCAUCGACGUUGUGUUUCUAAGUCCACCAUGGGGCGGGCCUACGUACCUCUCCGGAUCAUCUUCCAUAGACCCAAACGGCGCCAUCCCACUCCCUCCCAUCCACGGCGAGGAGCUCUUCAAGCUCACAAGGAGAAUAACGAAGAAUGUGGCGUAUUACUUGCCGCGGAAUACGAAGUUGGAGGAGAUCAGCAAGUUGCUUGAUGUGGAGAAGGAGGCUGCGGUUGGGCAGGGGUUGGUAAACGGCGAUGCAGCCUCCAUA